GAGAGAGGACACUGAUACAGGAUGCAGCAACUGAGAUGCAUGCUAUCAGAGAUUCAUACCAGUCUGGUGGUAGAAUAUGAGGAGUAGCAGCAACUCCCUGGUGGUGGAACAUAAUGAGCAAGAUGGUUGCAGAACUGAACCUAAUAUGGCGUCCUUGCCAUUGGCCACCGCCGAAGUAUGUAACUCCAAUGCUGGUUUAAUUCUGAAUGACGAUCUUCGUGCCCUCCAACCGAUCUUCCGUAUCUAUGGAAGGCGGCAGAUUUUUGCUGGCCCUGUUGUGACACUGAAGAUCUUCGAGGACAACGUUCUGCUCUGUGAGUUUCUGGAGGAGAAAGGUCACGGCAGGGGCCUGGUGGUCGAUGGUGGCGGGAGCAAGCGCUGCGCCGUUUUGGGCGGCAACCUUGCUCAGCUAGCGCGGAACAAUGGUUGCAUCAAGGACGUUGAUGAGAUCAACAGCUGCGACGUUGGCAUCCAUGCUCUAAACUCACACCCCAUGAAGUCGAACAAGAAGGGAGUCAUCGAGAAGCAUGUCCCUGUGACCUUUGCAGGAACCAUAAUUAGUGACGGGGAGUGGCUUUACGCUGAUUCUAAUGGUAUCCUUCUCUCAAAUUCAGAAUUGACCUUGUAGACCUGUUCCAUCCACUGGCGGACCGAAGGCCCGGCUAGCCUGGGCAUGUGCCCGGGCUCCUUGCUGCACCGUGCGCCAGUGAGCUUCUUAGUUUCUUGAUCCAAUAAUCUGAAGAUAGGUCAGCUGGACCAAAUAUAAUGUGAACUUGUUAUGAGGUGCUAGGUUGGUCUAGGCUGUAGAAGAAGUCUGAGUCCACCACUGGUUCCAUCCGUGUUCGUGUCUAUAUGAAU